CCCAAUGUCGCAUUCUGUGCGUGGUGCGGUUCGUGGAGAGUGGAACAGUAGGUCGAGCUAUCUCAUCUCAUCUCUCUAUCGUCUUCCGAGAUUUCAGGGAAAACGGAAGAUUGGCGCUUUCAGAAGAUGAAAACAUGUCAAAUUAUUUGUGUGCAUGUGCUUCUUUUGAUGUGCUGUGCGUCGCAUGGAAAAGCAGACUACAUGAAGUACAAGGAUCCUAAACAGCCAAUUAAUGUUCGAAUCAAGGACUUAAUGCUUCGAAUGACUCUUGCUGAAAAGAUUGGUCAGAUGACACAGAUCGAGCGCGAGGUUGCUUCUGCACAAGUCAUGAAAGACUACUUCAUAGGUAGCGUGUUGAGUGGUGGGGGGAGUGUGCCUCGUCCUCAAGCCAGUGCUGUGGACUGGGUGAAUAUGGUGAAUGACUUUCAGAAGGGCUCUCUGUCGACUAGGCUGGGGAUUCCAAUGAUAUAUGGGAUUGAUGCUGUUCAUGGACAUAAUAAUGUUUAUAAUGCAACAAUAUUCCCUCACAAUAUUGGUCUUGGAGCUACUAGAGAUGCUGCACUUGUGAAGAAGAUUGGGGCUGCAACUGCCCUUGAAGUCAGGGCAACAGGGAUUCCGUAUGUUUUUGCUCCUUGUAUAGCAGUUUGUAGAGAUCCAAGAUGGGGACGAUGCUACGAAAGCUAUAGUGAAGACCACAACAUUGUGCAGCAAAUGACAGAAAUAAUUCCUGGCUUACAGGGAGAUUUACCUGUUAACUACAGCAAGGGUGCUCCAUAUGUUUCUGAAAAGGAGAAAGUUGUUGCCUGCGCAAAGCAUUUUGUUGGUGAUGGUGGAACGCAUAAUGGCAUUAAUGAGAACAAUACUAUAAUCAACCGUGAUGGACUAUUUAGCAUUCAUAUGCCUGCUUAUUAUGAUGCCGUCAAUAAAGGUGUCUCAACAAUUAUGGUAUCAUAUUCGAGUUGGAAUGGAGUCAAAAUGCAUGCAAAUCAAGACCUGGUUACUGGCUAUCUAAAAAACACUCUUCGCUUCAGGGGCUUUGUUAUCUCAGAUUGGGAAGGUAUUGAUAGAAUCACCAGUCCACCAGGUGGAAAUUACACUUACUCCGUGCAAGCUGGAAUCUCUGCCGGAAUUGAUAUGGUGAUGGUUCCAUACAACUAUACAGAUUAUAUUGAUGCGUUGACGUCCCUGGUUAACAUGAAUGUCAUCCCCAUGACUAGAAUUGAUGAUGCCGUAAGAAGGAUUCUCAGGGUUAAAUUCACCAUGGGUCUUUUUGAGAACCCCUUAGCUGAUCUUAGUUUAGUUGAUCAGUUAGGAAAGAAGGAGCACAGGGACUUGGCAAGGGAAGCUGUUAGGAAGUCUCUUGUUCUACUAAAAAAUGGGAAAUCUGCAAACGAUUCCUUGUUACCUCUCCCUAAAAAGCCUACAAAGAUCCUUGUUUCUGGAAGUCACGCAGACAACUUGGGUUAUCAGUGUGGCGGAUGGACAAUUGAAUGGCAAGGAGACAGUGGAAACAUCACCAUCGGAACCACAAUUUUUGAUGCCAUCAAAUCCACAGUGGACCCUUCAACUGAAGUUGUCUAUUCUGAGAACCCAGAUGACAAUUUUGUCAAAGACAAUGAUUUUUCUUAUGCCAUUGUUGUCGUUGGGGAACCACCAUAUACUGAAACUGCUGGAGACAACCUCAACCUCACACUCCCAGACCCCUGCCCUAGAACCGUUCAAACUGUCUGUGGUGCCGUUGAAUGUGUAGUUGUCAUUAUCUCCGGCAGGCCGCUUGUGAUUGAACCCUAUCUUCCCUCAAUGGAUGCGCUCGUCGCAGCUUGGCUUCCUGGAACUGAAGGCCAAGGUGUUGCAGAUGUUCUCUUUGGAGAUUAUGGUUUCACAGGGAAGCUUUCACGUACCUGGUUCAAGUCUGAGAACCAACUUCCCAUGAAUUUUGGUGAUGUGCACUAUGAUCCAUUAUUUCCAUUGGGUUUUGGUUUAACAACCAAGGCUACAACGAGACUGUCAUCAUCCUCUUCUAUGGUUUCUACUACUGCAUCUUCUGCUGCUGAAGCUGAUAUUGCAAGAAACCAGGCUUGGGUGGUCGCUGUAUUUUUUAGUUUACUAUUGUCAUUGAUAUCUACUUAGUUAUUGUUACUCUGAUUAGGGUCUUUGAGGUUAUUAGCAUCUGUCAGCUUGAGUGACCACUGACCAGGACCUUAACUCCUUGCUUUGUGCCAAUUCAUUUUGGAUUGCAGUUGAUCAGAUGAUUUCUUCUGAUUUCAUCUAUUAUCCUUUGCAAAGCUGAAUUCAGCAAAGCAAAUUGUACUGGGUAGAGAAUGUUUGAACUUCCGACUACUUAUCGGCUUCUGUAGUUGACUCUGAAUGUUUCAGAUUUUGGUAAUCAAUGACAAUGUUUGAUGACUUUGUCCCUA